GGCGCCGUCCGUCCCUAUCCCAAGCAGGAAGGGUUCAACGUCGCCCAUGACCGCUGGUAGGGAAGCGAUGGACGACAGCAUGGUGGCGGAGGCAGCGGCGAUGGCAGCGCUAGCGGCGUCCAUGGCGCCAUCGGAGAUCCAGGGGGCAAUGGCGAAGGGGGACUUAAAGCAGGGCUCUUCACACGGCACGGCAUCGUCCAGCACUUCGUCUGCAACGGGUGGCGGCGCGGCGGCGGCAGCGGCGGCAGCGAUGGCAAGCCUGUCGAAUCCCCACCCGACAGCAAUGAAAAAGAAUCACAGCUUUAUGACCAAGUUCAAGGGACUGCUGAGCCAGUCUUCCUCAUCCAAGUCCGACAGCUCCCCGCUUUCCCCCCUAGCGGCGGCGAGAGAGUCUGCUACAAACCCGACUGUGGCCUACACACCGCGAAGCUCCCCCAAGGACGCCGCCGCAGGCGCUGGAACCGCAAAGGCGGGGGAGGAUCAUCCACCCUCGCGUUCGGAGCGGGGUGGGACUGAUCCGGAUUCCGCCGCCGGGGGGGGGAGUUCCGUUGUUCGUCCGGCGUUUUCUGGGGGGGAGGAGAACGGCGCGGUCCAGGAGAUGCGGGCGGAACUGUCCGUCUUGAUCGACGCCUUCCAACAAAAGUCGGAAUCCUUGAGCAACCGUCUCACCGAGGUAGCCGUGGAGAAGGCGGCCCUGGAGUGCAGCCGGACCUCGCUGGGAAGCUCCCACGCCGAGGGCAUAAGGCGGCUGGCGGAGGCGGAGUUCGAGCAGCAGCGAUUGGCCGACGAAGAGGACUACGAAAAGGCGGCGGAACUGUCGCUGGAGAUCGAGAACCUCAGGGAAGAGUCGGCUUCGGCGGCACGCCGUCUCAGGCGAGUCAUUCGUUCCCGCGACGACACCGAAGAAAGCAUGCGGAAAGCCUUAGCCCUUACAACUCCCCUGGAGCUCGAGGAGGACGGAGGUUCGUUGGAUCGGUCAUCCGCGGAGGCCAGGCAGGAGCUUCUCGCUGCUGUGGAGGAGACCACUCGCGGGUUGAAAGUCUUCCAGGGCAAACAGGGCUAAACUCACCCUCAAGGGAUGACCGAAACCUUCUUGCUGCUGCGCAUCCGCCGCGAGGCGUGCGUGUGGUGGUGGAGUUGGGUCGGCACUGAUGGGGUCAGGCGGGAAAAUGUAGAUGCGCGGGCCUUUCUGGCCGUCGGCGUAGGCAGUGAUGCCCAUCUCAUUUUUGUGCGCGGAGGCAGACACCAUCAGAAAGGUGGACGGGCACUACACGGCCCUAGGUUUGCUAGAGGGAGCUGUAUUGCCUCAGUAACCUGGCUUCGCCAUCAAAGGAGGAGGGAGCAGGUGGCGACGAGCUGAACUGGGCUGGUUGACCAUUCGGCGCGAGAAUUUUUAUUUUUUUCAGACCAAGAACCUUGAGUGCAAUGUGGGAGAAAGCGAGGAACGGACUGGGAAGGACAGCAACGAGAGCGUGUACGGACGGAGCAGGUCGAGUGGCGUUUUGCUCGGGCUGACUACAGCGGCGCCGGAUGGAGCAAUGGCACCGGAGCAUGCGGGCGACAUCGACCCGUGGCGCACGGACAAACAUUUCUAUCUGUGUUGUCAUUUUUUUAUUUUUUUCUGACUUUCCGUGUGUCGGUGUUGGUUCUAUGUGAUGACGUCGUCACUGGUUUUGUAGAGAGACCCGUCAGAGAUGGCGUGGCUAACCCGGGUGCCUUGGUUAUGUGCCUGAUCGUGGAAGACCCCUUCAAUGUGGAACGAUUCUUAGCUAUUGUCGAUAUUUUCACUGCGUGCCUAACACAGACGAUCGGGAGAGAUUCGGGUGAUUGUCAAUUGCUGCUAUGAUGGCUUUGGUUGGUUGUUCUCUUUCACUGUACGACCGCAGACAAAUUCUGACAGCACUUCAGACAGCAGCUUUGUGCCCCGCCAGCUGCUUGUUCCAUGCCUACCAUGGUGUUUUUGUACAGACAGCACUUCAGACAGCAGUAUGCUGUAGUCGGCAAUCUUCCGUUUUGGUAUCGAGUGGAACAGGGAGGGGGUGAUGCUACUGUAUAGUCGAACGGUGGGACGGACGUGCAGUUCAGUUUUUGGGCACGCAUACGGUGCUGCAGGGAUUUUUACGUGUACCUCUUCGGGCUCUUGGAUACCUUUUCCGCGUUAUAUGUGUGCGUGUUCUUUAGAUCCU